AUGAUCAAUCGUGAUAUACGUGAAUGCGUAGAUUUAUAUGUUAUUGAUGGGGGUACUGAUGUUGAAACAACAUAUUUUACUUAUAUUGUUCGCUCUCUUAAUCUUCAAGGUAUCUCGGAGAAGGCAAUAAAAACUCCUCAAAAUGAAACAACAAUAAUAACGGAAUCCGAAGCGAGAACAACAUCAACAAAACUAGAUAAAAUUAUUGCACACGAUGAUUUGAUUUCGCAACAAAUUGAGCCAUUGCGUGAAAAGAAUUCAGAUGAACAUACUAAAUAG